GGAGAGUGGGAGGGUCUGCCGCUGCGCUCCCCCACUGUAGUCCCUGAAGUUGUAGCAGUGAGGUGGAGGUGAUCAUUCCAAAGUGCGCAUUACUGUCCGCGCCUAGGUGACUGGACCGAUGAGAUGAUCCUCAAACACAACAGGAGUCCUCUUCUGCUCGCCGUCACCUGCAUGUACUUCUCAGGAGGUUUGCUUUGGUCCUACCAAGAGGAGGAUGCCAGUCACGGUGAACAGUGCUCAGAGAAUAACAUUUCUACCACAAAGUACCCCUGCGUGAAGUCGACCGGAGAAGUUACAACGUGUUACAGAAAGAAAUGUUGCAAGGGCUUCAAGUUUGUGUUGGGCCAGUGCAUUCCUGAAGACUAUGAUGUGUGUGCUGGCGCCACCUGUGAGCAACAAUGUACGGACCAUUUUGGUCGAGUGGUGUGUACCUGUUACCCUGGAUACCGCUACGACCGCGAGCGUCACAGAAGCCGAGAGAAGCCAUACUGUCUGGACAUCAACGAAUGUACAGACAAAAACAUGACUACAUGCUCUCAGAUCUGCGUCAACUCUGUUGGGGGCUACAGGUGUGAGUGUGAGAAAGGCUAUUUCCUGGAAGAAGAUGGAAAAACAUGCACCAAGGGGGAGAGAGCGCUGCAUCUCUUUGAGAAGUCUGACAACGUGAUGAAUAUUGGAACUUGCUCAGCCACAUGUGACGAUUUCCAACAGAUCAGGAUGUCUGUCUUGCAGCUUAAACAGAAGAUGGCCAUGCUGUCAAACAGUGCUGACGUCCCUGAGCAGAUGACCAGUGAGAAAACCCUGACGUCGCCCAUAUUUUUACCAGGGCCUCCAGGUCUCCCCGGUCCUCCAGGAGAUCCAGGACCAGAGGGCCCUCCAGGACUUACAGGGCAGUUGGGCCCCCCUGGGUCUCCUGGUCCCAGGGGCUUGAUGGGACCCAUUGGACCCACACCAGACCUGUCUCACAUCAAACGGGGCCCCAGAGGACCUGUGGGGCCUCCAGGAGCACCAGGAAAAGACGGACUAAAGGGGGAUAGAGGAGCUCCCGGGCCUGUCGGACCACCAGGCCCUCCAGGUUCUUUUGACUUCCUGCUUCUGCUGAUGGCGGACAUCCGUAACGACAUCGCUGACCUGCAGAGCAAGGUGUACGGUCGAACGAUGCACUCUCCAGGCGACUUUCCUUCCGUCCCUGACAGCUGGCGGGACAACCAAGACAAUCUGGAAACAGGCUCUGGUGAGGACCAUAAGGAUCCUCCACCUCAAACAGGCGGAGGAUCCAAGAAGAACAGGAAGAGGAAACCAGCGCGAGAGAGAACAGACUUUGACUGGAAUAUUUAAGGGGGGGUGGGUUUCAAUACUUAAUGUCAGGUGUAAAUAUUGAAGUGGUUUGCUAUUAUUAUUUAAACAAAAUGUAUUGUAUGCCUUUUGAACACAGAUGUUUAUUUUUGUAUAAUAUACGAGAGUUUGUGUGAAUACUUAAACUGUGUGAGUAGACUGCGUGAAUGCAUGUUUUUAUUAUUCUAUUGUUUUCAGAAACAUAUGGCUUCUUUGUGGCACAUUAAACACGUCUCCCAUGAAAGCAGAUUUUUACUGAAUUACCUUAUGACAGUAUAUUAUUCAGUUUCACACAAAUUGCACACAAUACCUAAAUGAUGAAUCCAUCAAAAAUAUAAAUUCACAAAAGGGAUUAAAACAGCACGAAUGUUGGACUGUGACUCAAAUGCCAUUAGUCCUUUUGUGUUUGUAAGACACAUACCUGUGGUUUCUAGUUGCUAUGGCGGCAAAGUAAUAACAAUGGAAAAGAAUACUUGCAUUUCUUUUUGUCUAAGGUUUAUUUUAGAAUCAGAAUCAGCUUUGUUGGCCAAUCAUGUGUACACAUAUAAGGAACUAGUUGUUUCGUUUCUGUCAAUGUACUAACAAGGACAUGAAGCUGAAUAAAGAGGUAAACGUAAACAUUGGACUGUUAUGAACAUACAUGCAUGUGAAGAAAGACUUUGCAUGGCUGUGUGGAUCAUAGUAUACUGAUAGUUCUCCACCAGAGGGAGACAUCCUCAAAGACGCCUAAUAAAGUUUUUCUUCAGUCAUUCAGGAUAAUUACUGGGAUGAGCAAACUAAUAAUAACUAAAUGAUUGUAUAGAAGCUCAUCCUGCAAAUGAAAUACAGGUUUUUCUCUUUGUACAGGAAAAAAGUGCAUCUUUGGUGUUUUUAUUAAAAAGCUCACAUGGCG